UCCCACUCGAAACAGAAGAGAGAGGCACACACAAAAAAGGUCCGAUGCUUCUCUCUCUCUAAGAAUCUGAUUGGGAUUGCGUUUCUUGGUUCAUGUCUGGUCUGAUUCAAUGGCUUCUGUAACACGUCCCUUCAGCCUCUCUAUUCAUCCCAGAUCGUCUUCCAAGCUUGAUGGAAGCGUAGAAAGACGGAGAGAAUGGAACGGUCAAGUUCCCAAGUCUCUUACCUGCAACAACCGCUUAGAGAUAUCGCGUAUAGCGCCAUUACAAGCAACAAUGAAUAGCCCUAGAGGCUUUGGACCUCCUCCCCCUAAGAAAACCAAGAAAGCUAAAAAGUCAAAACCCGGAAACCAGAGUGAUGAAGAAGAAGAAGACGACCAAGAGGAAGACGAUGAUGAAGAUGAGCGUGAGAGAGGUGUGAUUCCAGAGAUAGUCACCAACAGAAUGAUAAGCAGGAUGGGAUUCACCGUUGGCUUACCACUCUUCGUCGGUCUCUGUUUCUUCCCACUCUUUUACUAUCUCAAAGUAGGAUUGAAGGUCGAUGUGCCGACAUGGGUCCCGUUUAUUGUUUCGUUCGUCUUCUUUGGUACGGCUUUAGCUGGUGUGAGCUACGGGAUCGUGUCAUCCAGUUGGGAUCCGUCGAGAGAAGGUUCAUUGUUAGGAUGGAACGAGGCCAAAAAGAACUGGCCUGUCUUUUGGCAGUCCUUUUGGAAUUCCUCAAGCAAGAGAUAGAAAAACAAAACAGCAGUUUGAUCAUUUCUUACAAGAAGAUACUUCAAGAUAAUUUUCUAUAUAAUUUUCUUUAUGCAAA